CAGACAUAAGAAAAAAAAAACUCCGUCGAAAAGCUGUUUCUUUCCUCACAAACCCUAGAAAUUUAAUUGGUGGGAAUUGAAAGAAUCAAUCGCUUUAAUUAAAGAGGAACUUGCUUCUCGUGAUCAAAUCCUUAAAAAUUCUACUACUUCUGUAGAGAUUUGAUCUUUUAGUGAUGUCUGAAGUUGAAAAAAUGGAGUUUUAUUAAAUUGGUGGAAUCUAAAGAAUCUCUCGCUGUAGUGGAAGAUAUUUCCUCCCAACACCUCCACAGCAUAGCAGCUAAUAAUUGAGUAUGAGAUCGAAAAGACUAGAACUUCUAGAAGCUCAGCAGAAGCAGAAGAAGCCGUCAACAACGAAACGACGAGAAGCUCCCCAGAACAAGAGGCUAUCAACAGCGAAAUCACGCUCUGGGUCUGUUAACAAUGGAGGAAAGGCAAAAGAAGCUGUGACUGAUGCAGUGGAUGAAGGACUCGAUGGCGGGACGGCAAAUGAAAUUGGGACUGAUGCAGUGGAUGAAAGACCACCCAGCACUGCCGCUCUCGAGAAGCUGAGGUCUUCGACAACAAAAGCGUCUGCUGCAAUCGACAAUAGCAUUUGGGCAAACGAAAUUAUGAACAUUGCAGUGGAUGCAAGAAUCAACGCUGUUGCUCUCAAGAAGCGGAAGUCGUCAACAAAAAAAUUCAAUGUUAGAAGAGCAAAAGAAAUUGUGGCUGAUACAGUGGAGGAAACUCUGGACGCUGUUAGUCUUGAUAAGCAGAUGCCGCCAGCAACAAAAUCAAGCUCUGCGUUCGUCAAUGACCGAAGGGCAAAAGAAGUUGUGACUGAUGCAGUGGAUGAAGGACUCAAUCACGGGAGUGCAAAAGAAAUUGGGACUGAUGCAGUGGAUGAAAGACUUGACACUGUUGCUAUCGAGAGGUCGUCUGCAACAAAACCACACAAUACAUUCGUCAAUGUCUCGAGGGAAAAUGAAAUUACGACUGAUGCAGUGAAUGAAAGAGUCAAUGUUGUUGCUCCUGAGGAGCAGAGGUCAGCAGCAACAAAACCAUUUUCUGCAUCCGUCAUUGGUAGAAGAGCAAAAGAAAUAGGGACUGAUGCAGUAGUUGGUGAAAGACUCAAUGCUGUUGCUCUUGAGAAGCAGAGGUCGUUAACAAUAAAACCACGCAUUACAUUUGUCAUUAGGCGGAGGGAAAAAGAAACUGUGACGGAUACAGUGGAUGCAAGACUCAACCCUGAUGCUCUCGAGAAGCAGAUGUCGUCAACAACUAGACCAUUUUCUGCAUUUGCCGACCGCAGUAAAGCAAGUGAAAUUGUGACUGAUCCAGAGGAUGAAAGACUCAACGCUGUUGCUGACAUGCUUGAUGCUAGGAGCGAUACUGGAGAUGAAGAUACUGACACGCUUGGUACUAGGAGCGAUAUAAGAGAUGAAGAUGCUGACAUUCUUGACACUGGGGGUGACACACGAGAUGAAGAUGUUGACAUACAUGAUGCGGAUGGAAACGGUGAAAUGCAAUUUGCAGGGGACCAGCCAUUACCCUUCAACUCUGAUGAAGAUGCUGACAUACUUGAUGUGGAUGAAAAUGGUGACAUGCAAAUUUUGGAUGACGAAUCGUUACCCACCAACCCUGAGCAAGUUGCAGGUUCGUCAAGGAAAAGGAACCGUGAAACGGUCCAAAGACAAGUAACUGACCCUCAUAGUGAGUCUUACAACGCAAACUGCACCGAUAAUGGCCAAGGAAGAAUCUCUAUGCCAUCAGAUAGGCGUAUCCCAAUUACAUUCGACAAAUAUGGGCGGCCUUGUGAUGUUGGCUCAGUAGGAUUCGCAACGGAUAUUGGAAAGAUAGUACGAGCAUGUUGUCGUCCUGCGAUUGAGUCUUGGAAAAAAGUUCCAAACAGCGUCAAAGACAAUAUAUGGAAAAAUGUUAUUCAUAUGUAUGCCGUACCUGAAAUUUAUAAGCCUAAUGUUCUGUCAAGGGCUGGCACGUUAUGGAGAAAUUGGAAGCAUAAUCUGCGUUUAGAGUUGGAUGACCAAAAGCCAAUUGCUGAGAGAAAAAAAAAAAAUUCCAUGGCGUUUGAUUACAAACAGAGAAGAUUGGGAAAGUUUUGUUGAUUUCUGCAAUACUGACGAGGAUAGGAAACGUCGUGCAGCUGGUAAAAGAGCUUGCGCAUCUAUUGAAUUAUUACAAAAAUGUGGAAGGACAGGAAUUUAUCGCAAAAUAUACGAAAUGGAAAAACAGAAUCCAACUGGUGAAGUUAACAGAGCUGCGAUAUUUGUUGAUACCCAUGUUUCCAAGACUGUAAAUGAUCCUAAAAUG